UCCUCUACCCUUCUUGACCACUCAAACCCGUCUGCCUUUCUUGAUGGCCUCCUCCACCUUCCAUCUCUUGCUUCAACUUUCUCUCCUCCUCGCCCUCCUCUUUCUCCAAAACGUCCACCCGGCCGCCACCUCAUGCUACACCUCCAUCUUUAGCUUCGGAGACUCCCUCGCCGACACCGGAAACUUUCUCCACUACGCCAACCAGGGCCCGGAAGCCCGGCUUCCAUAUGGCGAGACUUACUUCCAACACCCCACCGGCCGGUUCUCCGACGGGCGACUCAUCAUUGACUUUAUUGCACAAGCCAUCGGAGUGCCGCUCGUGCCACCGUUGUUAAUCACAUCUAGGGUGAGACCCAUAAGCCUUAUCCUUCCAUCAAGGAUUAAGGGAGUUUCCACUUCUCUAAGAGUCAGUUACGGGAUUCAUUCUGUAACUGACCACGUUGUGGUCAUGUGGGUCAAAACCCAACAACCGUAUCUAGCAGGACCCGGCGAUCAUGGUUUUCGGCGUGGGGCGAACUUUGCGGUGGGAGGGGCGACGGCGCUGGACAACGACUUCUUCAGGGCUAGGGGUCUCGAUGUUUAUUGGACCGACUACUCGUUGGCCACUCAGAUCGACUGGUUCAAGAAACUGCUGCCUUCGCUCUGCUCCUCCGACUCAGAAUGCGAAGGUAUCUUCAGCAGCUCCCUUUUCUUCAUGGGAGAGAUUGGAGGCAAUGAUUACAACGAGCCGUUUAUUCAAGGAAUAAGUGUGGACGAGAUUCGGACCUUUGUUCCCGAUGUCAUCUCUACCAUUACCUCGACACUGAAAGUGUUGAUCGAACUUGGGGCGAAGACAUUGGUGGUUCCAGGUAACUUUCCGAUUGGAUGUGUCCCACUAUAUUUGAUGCACUUCCAAAGCCCAACAGCAGAAGAUUACGAUCCAGAAACGGGUUGUAUCAAAUGGUUAAACGAGUUCUCAGAGUACCACAAUCGCCUACUCCUGGAUGAACUCGGCAAGCUUCGUCGACUUUACCCACAUGUCGCCAUCGUCUAUGCCGACUAUUACGAAGCACUAUUGAGCAUCUUCCGAUCUCCACAUGAAUUUGGAUUCGAGAAACCUUUUGAUGCAUGCUGUGGGGGUGGCAGUGUCCAUGGUUGUUGUUCCAUACCCUGUGGAGAUGAAGGUGCUGCAGUCUGCAGCGAUCCAUCAAAGCACAUUAGCUGGGACGGAGUGCACCUAACGGAGGCGGCUUACAAGGCAAUUGCUCGUGGUUUAUUAGAAGGACCAUACACUGCUCCUCCCAUGAUCCAAGCAUGCCCGCACGCAGAGCAGCAUGCUGCUCUUCUCCGAAACGCUUCUAUCCGACCACCUGCGCAAGCUUACAGUGCUUCUGUUUAGUUAGAAUAAUAAUAGCAAUCACUGAAGUAAUGAUAAUAAAUAGAAGUAAUUGCAUU